AUCUAAUAACUUUUUAAAUCAGAUUUAAUUUCACUUUUUUUUGUUUUACCACACCUAAAAUUAAAAUGAAUGGAGCCGCCUCAUCCACUCCCUCUGUGCUUCUCGCGUAUCUUCUCCUUCUCUGGUUCUCGUCCGCCGAAUCCACACAGCAAUCUCUUAGGCGACCGGCGACGGCUUUCUCCUCGCGUCUCUCCCGACGAGGUAGUGUGCCUGCUCCGGUCUCGUUUAGCAGCCACCAUUCCUCCCACAGCCGCCACUCCUCUACCACGAAGAACUCACAACUCCGGCAAGGUGGGGAAGACAAGUGCGCAUGUACAUGUAAAUGAGAAAAUACAUAUAUGAAUUUCGCAAAGUUGGGUGCUUCUGCUGCAAUAAAAUUGAGUGCUCCCUUGAAAUCAGUUUCCAGUCUGACUAUAAACAUCUCAAUUUUGGAGUCCCUUCUCCUCCAUUGCCAGAAUGUCAAACACUUCUGCCAAAUUUUCUCACAAAUGGUAUCCACUGGGCUCAUCAAAGACACCUAUGCUGCAAGCAGAAUUCUCAAGUUUUCAGCCGAUUCUCCUUUCAUCGGCAUCAGCUGCACUGAGAAGAUAUUUGGUCACAUCGAAAACCCGAAUUGUUUUUCAAUAAACACCGUGAUGAGAGCUUAUGUGCAUCAUAACAUGCCCCAAAAUUUGAUCUUUUUGUAUAAAUUAACAUUGAGGGAUAACUUGUGUGUGGAUAAUUUUACGUACCCGAUUCUUUUUCAAGCUAGCAUUCUCCGGUGUUCAGUAUUUGAAGGCAGAGAGUUGCAUAGUCAUGUCUUCAAAAGGGGUUUCGGAUCAGAUGUUUAUGUUUGUAAUACUUUGAUUAACAUGUACGGAGUAUGUGGGAAUAUGGGCGAUGCAAGGAAGGUCUUUGAUGAAAGUCAUGUGCGUGACUUGGUUUCUUGGAACUCGAUCUUGGCAGGGUAUGUUCAAGCAGGGAAUGUUGUGGAAGCAAUGAUAAUAUAUGCACAGAUGCCUCAGAGGAAUGUAAUUGCGUCAAACUCAAUGAUUGUGUUGUUGGGUAGGUGUGGUAUGGUGGAUGAGGCUUGCCGUUUGUUUAAUGAGAUGGGUAGAAGAGAUUUGGUUUCCUGGACUGCGUUGAUUUCUUGCCAUGAGCAAAAUGGGCUUUAUAAAGAGGCUUUGGAUUUGUUCUUGCAAAUGAUUUCCAUUGGGAUUACUGUAGAUGAAGUUGUGGUGGUCACUGUGCUCUCUGCUUGUGCACAUUUGUUAGUUCUGGACACCGGAAAAUCAGUGCACGGGGUUGUUAUUAAGGUUGGUUUUGAAUCAUAUGUGAAUUUUCAAAAUGCUUUAAUUCAUAUGUACUCCUGCUGUGGUGAUUUAAAUUCCGCACGAAACAUGUUUGAAUCAAGUAGUCAUUUGGAUCAAAUCUCUUGGAAUUCCAUAAUUGCUGGCUAUGUAAAGUGCGGAUCAGUGGAAAAGGCCAGAGCGUUAUUUGAUUCUAUGCCUGAGAAGGAUUGUGUAUCAUGGACCACAAUGAUUUCCGGCUAUGCUCAAAAUGAUCAUUUCUCAGAGGCUUUAGCUUUAUUCCAUGAAAUGCUAUAUGGACACAUUGAGCCCGAUGAGAUCACUUUAGUUAGUGUGCUUUCAGCUUGUGCCCACCUUGCAGAAUAUGAACAAGGCAAAUGGAUUCAUGCAUAUAUCAGGAAUAAGGGGCUUAAAGUUAAUAUCAUUCUUGGUACCACUCUUAUUGACAUGUACAUGAAAUGUGGCUACACAAAGAAUGCUAUGGAGGUCUUCUAUGGAAUGGAAGACAGAGGUGUUUCUUCCUGGAAUGCUUUAAUUCAUGGGUUGGCCAUGAAUGGAGAGGUUCAAAGAUCACUCGAAACAUUUGAAGAAAUGAAGAAAUGUGGAGUAACUCCUAAUGAGGUAACCUUUUUGGCAGUUCUUGGUGCUUGUAGACAUAUGGGGAUGGUAGAUGAAGGUCGUCAUUAUUUUGAUUCCAUGGUGAAGUCGUACAACAUUGAGCCUAAUUCGAAACACUAUGGGUGUAUGGUCGACUUACUUGGCCGUGCGGGACUGCUUCGCGAAGCUGAAAAGCUCAUUCAGAGCAUGCCUAUGGCUCCGGAUGUCCCCACGUGGGGCGCUUUGCUUGGAGCUUGCAUAAAGCACGGGGACAGUGAAAUGGGGAAACGAGUUGGUAAAAAACUUAUUGAGCUUCAACCCCACCAUGAUGGGUUUCAUGUUAUACUCUCCAAUAUAUAUGCUUCAAAGGGAAACUGGGACAAUGCUGGCGAUGUUAGAGGUCUAAUGAUGCAGCAGGGUGUGGUAAAAACUCCUGGCUGCAGUAUGAUUGAAGCAGAUGGAAAUUGUUCAUGAAUUCUUUGCAACCGACUAGUCUUGCUGACUCUCAUCACCGCAAACAAAGGAAAUAGAAGUAAUAUUGGAAUGAAAGGGUAAAACUAUCAAAUGCUAUUGGCUUUGUUAGGUUAGUAUAAUUAUUCUUACCAGACAAGAAUUUAUAUUCUGAUUUAUCCAGUUUUGCUAGAAAAAAACUUGUAAACCGUUAUAGAUCCUUUUUUUCUCCAAAACAUUAUAGAUUGAUUCAUCCUGAAAUCUGUGUUUGAUGAAGUUUCACUUUUCCACUUCAGCAUGUAACAUCUAAAAAAUUUCUAUCACUGUUUUUUUGUGUGAAUGUCUUUGUGUUUUGUAUUUUAAAGAUGCUUAUAACCAGUAAAUAGUAAUUCAUGCUUCAAGAGUUUCCGGAUAAACUUAUUGUGCGUGAAUUGAAAAGUUUUGGGGAUCGUGCAACAAAUUUUGAAGACAAAACGAUGAAGUCCAUUGCUGAACUUCAAAAGGUGUUUCAGGUAUGUUCCCAACCUUUGUACCGAAAUGAUAUUCUGUGGGUGUGCAUCUAAAAUCAGACGGGAAAGUGAAUUGCUGUUUUUUCUGAUAUGAAUUCUUUGGUAUGCUCCCUUAACUGUGUACUUUCUUUGCUUAUGCCCAGUACAAUGAACCGACAGGAAAUACAGUAUUAAGGUGUGAGCCUACUGUUUCAACUAAAUAGGAUACUGAUGACCAAUUCAGCAGGUCAGGAUUGAAAAAUGCUAGGGACUGUAAGUCUAUAAUUGAGAUGUUUCCAUUGAUGUUAAAUGAUAUACUCUCUUGCUCCCCAAAUCAGGUUGUGGGUCUGACUGUCCCCAUGCUUAUUAAGAAACUGUAAUUGUGUGAUUUAGAUUAAUGCAGUGAAGAGAGAAACGAUAUGGACCACACCGUUAUUCUCUUAAAAGAUAAAAUGAACCUUAUUCUGAGAUGGACAAAAAAUUGAAAACGUGAAUUUUUUUAAUGUUUCCCCUAAAUUUUCUACCAUUAUUGUGCGAUUGCAGUAUGAUGAUCGUUCGUGCCUUGGAGGAGGUUGUCCUGCAUUUGCUGUUAUUGCGGCAAGCCCACUUCGGUAAUGAGGUCAUCGACGAGUGUGGACCCUGGAAGACAGUGAGCACGCUUUGUUGGCGAAGGGAUAUGUGCAAUGAGCUCGUUGAUGGCAAGAAAGGCCGAAAGACCAUUCAUUCAUCUAAAGACUGAAUUUUUAUAACUGAAGUCUGAAAAUUUUCGUCAACAAAAAACCCAAUAAGGUUAGGGUCUGGAGAAGGUGUGUGUAGAAAUUACCCCCCGAGAAAGGCCUUACUAGGUAGUAGAGGGGGCGUUCCUAGGAAACCCAUGGCUAAAGCAAACUCGCAAAGAAGGUUAACAUGUUGAGAAAAAAAUCCAUCAAAAAACUCGCAAAGAGGGUGUUUCAAUAAUCAUUAAUCUAUUAUAUAUAUAAAAGUAUAAUCAAAAUUGAGUUCUGCAUCUGACGGUCCGAUUUUAAUUUUAUUUUCGAUCCGACGUUCCAAUUUUAGAGUGGCAGUUUUGUAAUAACAUAGAGAUUGAAGUGCAAGCCUAGAUAUACGGUUUAUCUCUUCAACGACAACCGUCACCUUCUAUCCCACUCAUGUGCGAUCACCGAUGAUAUGAAGCAUUCAAGCAAGUCUGGAUCGAGAGAAAGACGCAGAAAGGGGGAACUAUGAAGCAAUCCGGCGUGAAGGAGAGAUCAAUGAUUACUUUGAAAGCAAAUGAGUUGCAGAGAAGAUUUGCUUAAAGUUGAUCUGCGUGACAAGACAUGAUCUGUAGGAUAAGGCAAACUCUCCCUUGAUCAAGAGUGCCGUGGAUGGAGAACUCUCUUCCUCCAGAGUGUCGUGGAUCAUGAAGCGGCAUUACACGGAGGAGGGCACACUUGUGAUUACCGGUGCGAAAUCCAAACACCACAAGUACUUCGAGGGGUAACGCUCUGGCAGCCGCCUCUGUCAAACCCGUGAAGAGCUACGCUCUGAGCCGUGCAAUGCGUAGGAAAGAUUCCUCGUGCCGGAGAGAGAUGACGCAGAGAUAGGGGCUAACGAUGCAGAGAAGACAGACGACAAUGCCGGGCUAGGGUUUCAACCUCAACACAUCCGACGAGGCACACUAACAGGAACAGGGAAGAAACUGGCCGGUGACAAUGACUUGGGCUAUGAACUUUAGUUAUGGACGGCAUCGUUGGACAACAACAAAGGAAGAACAUUCAGCAAAGGUCAUACACAAGGCACACUGACGUGGAUUAUGACGGUGAUGGAUUCUCAGAGUGCAGUUUUCUCUAUCAGUAGGCACACUGACCUGGAUUAUGAAGGUGACAACCCCAAAGGUAUGGCACACUGAUUGGGAAGGGACAUACAACCUCUUGCUCACUAUAUCCUUCUUCCUUUCCUCCCCUUUGCCACGUACUUUACAUAAAAGCUCGUGUUUACUGAACCUCCUUCGAAGGACAAUGAGGCAGAGAGAAAGGCUGGCCAGACACGGACGGCAUUUUUCGUAAUUAACUUUUUUUAAGUGAAAUUGCAUUUGGCUUCAACUUCAAGUUUUUUGAAGAUAUAUAAAGAAACUCUAUUUAUAGUCACCUUCUUUGCAUUUAGUGGCAGUUGCAAAACAGUCCUUAAUUAGGCCAAACAUGUGCAAUUUUAAGCAUUUGAUUAACCCAUGUUAAAUUUGCAUUAUAUCAUCACAUUUUCCAUUCAUGUAAGUCUCACAAUUAUCUCAUGAGCUAUAUUGCCUGAGUAUAGACCACAAUAUAAAUAUAGGUUUCUU